AUGAUAGUACUUCUGCUAGGGUUCGGUAUCAGUAACCUUGUGUUUCAAACCUUGAUCGAUGGCGGCUUCAUCCGUAUGGCCUUGAUCAUCACCGUGCCCUUCUUCCUACUACUCAGCAUGUUUUUCUUCGUCGUCCUCUUCACAGAUCUCUUCCAGGCUGCUGGCCCCAUCAAGACCCUCCAGACUAACUCCCGUUUCUAUUCCGCCAUGCCUGUAUACACGGAGUCAUUGGAGGGUGUCCUCCUACCGACAAUUCGAAGUCUCCAAGAAGCCGUCUCUCAUUAUGAGUCCCAUGGAGGCAGCGCCACCAUCUUUAUCAAUGAUGACGGACUGGCGUAUAUGUCCCCGGAAGAGCAACAGGCUCGCAUCCACUUCUACCACGACAAUAAUAUUGCCUGGGUGGCCCGACCCCAAAACAAUAGCGAGGAUGGAUACGACGAAAUACUACAUCGUCUGGCGCAGCAUCUGUCAAUCAGCGAUCUGAUCGAUCCGGCUGAAGAGGCUGUCUGCUAUCAGCGAGCCCUAGAGCACGUCCUCGAAUCCGACCUGCGUAUCCACGCAGGAGGCGAUAUUCGUAUCGGGGAGUUGAUAUUGAUCGUGGACUCGGAUACGCGAGUACCUGUUGAUUGUCUGCUCCAUGGCGCGGUGGAGAUGUAUCUGAGCCCGGAGGUAGCCAUCGUACAGCAUGCAACCGGCGUCAUGCAGGUGUCCUGGGAUUAUUUCGAGAACGGCAUUGCCUUCUUCACGAAUCUCAUCUAUUCCGCUAUUCAGUUUUCCGUGGGCAGUGGGGAGACCGCACCCUUUCGGUGCAAUCCGUCGGCCGUGACGAUCCCGAUGGACUAUGCCAUUGCAUCUGGGUUCCCUUUAAGCAUUCUGAACUACUUUCUAGUCGGUUGGUUCAAUGGCUAUCUGGAUAAAUUCUACAUGGAGUCCUGGAAAAUCUUCCUCAGUCUCAUCAUAGUAUUCUCCGGCUUCGGCAACGUCACCUUAGCCAUCAUCCGCUAUCGACUAGGUGAGAAAAGUCUGGGGCCCGCAUUACUAGAGAAUUUUAAAUGGAUGCCCAUGUUCGCUAUCUUCUUCGGCGGACUAUCCUUCCAUCUAUCGCGGGCGAUCCUGGCGCACAUGUUCAGCAUUAAUAUGCAAUGGGGCACCACAGCGAAAGAGAAAAUCAACUCAAAUUUCUUCAAAGAGAUGCCCAAGAUCUUCCAGACGUUUAAAUGGCUGUAUGCUGUCCUUCUUCCCUUGGUGCUUGGCAUGAUCUAUCUCGGGUGUUUUGCCCCAGGGGUGGGAGAUCACUUCUGUUGCUGCUGUCGUGCCGGCGUCCGUUAUGGUUGUCUCACAUGCGAUGUUGCCGGUGGUGUUGAACCCUUCGUUGAUGGUGUUUAA